GGUCUACCUCUGUGGAUGCUUGUUUUGGGUGCGGAUCGGUUGCGCGCCGACAUGAGUCGUUUGCUUGCAUUACUAUUCCACCAGGGAGUAUUAGAUGAGCAGUUCUUACAGCUGCAGCAACUUCAAGAUGAGAGCUCUCCAAACUUUGUCUCCGAGGUCGUCAACAUUUACUUCCACGAGUCAGAGAAACUCUUGAGGAAUCUCAGGGCAUUAUUGAUGGAGAGAGAAUUGUCGGACUACAAGAAAAUGGGAAUCCAUUUGAAUCAGUUUAUGGGAAGCAGCUCGAGCAUAGGUGCCAAUAGAGUCAGAAAUGUGUGCGUCGCCUUUCGAGCCGCUUCUGACCAGAACAACCGUGCUGGAUGCUUGAGAGCGUUGGAGCUACUAGAGCAUGAGUACUGCUAUCUCAAGAACAAACUGCAUGAGCUAUUCCAGAUAGAGCAGCAGAGAGUACUGGCAGCUGGAGCAAGGUAUCCAAUGCAAAACUAA